CAAGCCGUAAACCACAAUUACCGUAUAAUCAUCAGUCAUCAUCGUCAUGGCGAAUGUGUACCUGGCGCUAUGGAAUCGGAUGCAUACAACCUGCUCCCAAAACUACUAAAGCACCAGUCACUCAACCUUCAAAGACUUCAGGGCAUAUCACAACUGGACCAGGCGUUAAAAUAACUGGUAGACCACACAAGAAACCAACACUAAUUUCUUCUUUAUUCACCAACACGGCUUUGAUCUUUCAAUUAUUGGGAAACCUUUGUCUCCCUGGAUCAGGAUGGUUACUAGACGAUAUAAUAUAUUGUGGUAAAAAAAACAAAGUGCGCCUCCCCAAACCAAAUCUUCGCAAAGUUUUUCCUAAAAUAGUUGUGAAAAUUCAGAUAGUGGAACGCCCAUUGGGUCAUUGCGGAUAUGUCAAGUACAAGAAAGGCAAGGUGAUUAGAGUCAGUCGGAAGUAUGGUAGACAUACAAUACGUUGUUUAAAGCGUCACACCAUGGUGACAUCAAUCUCGGGCAAGAAGGACAGAGUAAUGCAUUCUGGAGUGGUCGUUGAAACCAAAGACAACAAGAAAUAUUUGAUCCACAAAGGCAAGUGGAGCAAGACGGAAGUGAAAAAAACCAAAAUUGAAGUGGCAAAAGAUUCGAUGUUUAACAAAUACACUAAAAUUGGUCGCAACUUCAAGCCAAAAAAGCCGAGGAGCGUUCGUGAUUAUUACGACGAAAGUGGAAACGGAUACAAUUUUAUCAAUGACAAUUGUCAUGAUGGAACACUGAGAAUGGUAAAUUUGGCAAAAAAAUCGUGAUUUCUUUAACACCAGUAAUCCAAAACUGCGAUUUCCCUGGACUUUGAACGAGAAAACAUCUAGUUGAUAUAGACUGAUAAACAUGCAGUAUUUGGUUUUAUCUAUUUGUAGAUUAUUUCCCGAUAUAUAUCAAGUUGGAAAUAUUUAGAUAUUAUCCAACAACUGGUAAAAAUAUAUAUAAACUAGGUCAAUCUUGGAUUUAUUGAACAAUAGUUACAUUGACUUACAAUGAGAAACUAUUGUAUUAUGGGUUAAAUACUAGUAAUAAUCUUGGGGCUUUAGGACGUGUAGUUCUAGUGAAAAUGUAUGCCUGGGUGAAUAUAGCAUUAGUGAAGGGGAUUUAGGGGGUGUAGUAAUUAUACUGAUGACAAUAUAUUCUAAUAUGCAUGGGGUAGCUAAAUAGCAAUAGACUAAUUGGAGUGCCUAUACGGCAAAACAUAUGUAAUUUGAACUACUGCAUGAUAGAGUAGAAUUAAAAGCAUUCAAAAAGUCUUGAAGUCUAUAUUGUAUUUGCAAACACAAAGUAGUUUUCAGGGUACUAGUGGUACUAAAAUGAUACAAAA